ACUGGAUUAAGCAUUACUGUGUUUUGGAGUUUGCUGUGUAUCAACAUUUUGUCUCAGGUGUAGGAGGUGCCGUUAUUCACAAUGAGGUUCAUAUUCUCAUUGUGUGUUUCAAUACUGCUACUGUAUGGUGAAAUAAUUGAUGGACAAUCAACAGAUGAGCCCUGCUACAGCUACAAUGUGCUAGAUGAUCCAUGGAGAGCCACCAACAAUCAACAUUCCUCUGAAAUAAUGUGUGACUGUGAGGUCAGCUGGAACGGCUGGUACCGUCUCUUCAUUGAGGGUCAGAGCGUUAAGAUGCCAGACACAUGUGUUGAUCAGGACAGCUGUGGCACUCAUGCUCCACUGUGGCUGAGAGAAGGACAUCCAGCAGUUGAGGAUGGAGUGGUCACUCGAGAUGUCUGCGGUCACUAUGACAAUGACUGCUGCUCUUUUCUGUCCAAUCCCAUUAAAGUCAAAGCCUGUCCAGGAGAUUAUUAUGUCUAUGAAUUUGUUAAACCAGCUUUCUGCUAUUUAGCAUAUUGUGCAGAUGCAACAAACAUCAACACUACAUAUACAAUUACGACUGGUAAUGUAAUUUUUUACAAUCUGGAGGACUAUUGUUUUGCAUGUGCAGAUCAGAUUCAUGUUUGUGAUUUUAUGUAAAUAAUAACUGUUGAAAUGUGCAGUUAAGAUUUUGAUUCAGAUUUAUGUCAUUAGUAUCACUGAGCUGCUUGCAGAAUAUAUUUGCAGCUGAUUUCCAUGAUUGUCAAUCACAAAAAUUAAAAGGAAAUUAAUUGGAGUAAAAGUAUGUAUAGCCUUUUAAAAAUGGAAUGAAUUUGAACGUCAAGAGGAGCAUUAAAA